UUCAGCAUUACUCUCAAUCUCUCGGAUUGGCGUGAUCCACCAUGACCAAAACCUCCAAAACUCUUUUCACGGAAAAUGAAAAGGUCUUGUGUUUCCAUGGACCGCUGAUCUAUGAGGCAAAGGUACUACAAAGCGACAACGUUGCAGCCAAAGGAUUUCAAUACUUUAUACACUACAAAGGAUGGAAACAAACGUGGGACGAGUGGGUACCAGAAUCUCGUGUAUUGAAAUGGACGGAUGCCAACCUGGAGAAGCAAAAAACACUUCGCGAUCUUCAUUCAAAGAAAAAAGCUGAAAAAAUUGCAACAUCCGGGGAGCGAUCAACGGAGCAAAAGUCUACCACCCGUAAAAGAUCGAGGGAUACUGCAGAAGACACUGAGGAGGAAUACAUGAAGAGGAUGGAAAUAAAAAUUGUCAUACCGGAUGUUCUAAAGGGACAACUAGUGGAUGAUUGGGAAAAUGUCACAAAGAACCAGCAGCUCGUUACACUUCCACGAAAGCCAAACGUAACGCAGUUAUUGCAUCAAUUUAAAAAAGAGAAUACAACAAAGGAUAAAAAAGAGGAACAGCAGGUGGAAGAAGUUAUUGCUGGACUCAAGCUUUAUUUCAACAAAGCAUUGGGUUCCAUGUUACUGUAUAAGUUCGAACGUCAUCAAUAUGCGGAUAUUCGAAAGAGAUAUCCUAAGAAAGAAAUGUCUGAUAUCUAUGGCGCCGAACAUUUAUUACGGAUUUUUGUCCAGUUGCCAAGCUUAAUCACAUAUACAAACAUGGAUUCGCAUUCCAUACAGAUACUAAAGGCACACCUGGGGCAAAUAUUAGACUACAUGUUGAAGCACCAAAAAACACUAUUCAUGAAUGAAUAUAUCAACGCUGACCCUGGCUAUGUCUCUUUGGCUAAAAAUAAUUAAUUUGUAGUGCAACUCCCGCAGCUCACCCCUUUGUACAGACAGAUACCGGCACUUGGUCAUGUAUUCGAACGCAAAUGAAACACAUCACUUGUUAUUAUCAUUCCUAUGUUUAUUUUAAAGUCGGAUGCUUGGUAUUCUCAUAUUUAAAUACAAAAGUCAUGGAAAAAAUAUGAUAUAAUGAGUUGGCC